GUUAUUAUUUUCGUUAAUUUAGGAUAACUCACGUACGUGAGAUGGGGAAGUUAAGCAGCGUAUGAGUAGGCCCCAAGCGCGGCCAGUCGCUGACCGCGCGCCUCUGCGUCAACUCGUGCGCAGCUCGCGCAAGCAGUGUUAGUGAUCGCUAGUGAUGACAACUGAUUGGACCAUUUAGGAUUCAUUGAGGAGGUCUCGACCUCGCAUCCUGCGAUACUUGCGUGUACGCGUGUGAAAUGUCGGUGAAGACGGUGGUCGGUUUAGUCCUGGCGCUGCUGAGCAGCCACACGGAGUCCUCACCAUACAUAUCGAGUGGCCUGAAGACGUUCUCUCUUGAAGAUGUAGUCCCACUCACUGUCAGCUUCUUCCCUGAACAGCUGUCCGUACAAUGGAUCUCAGACAGUGAAUACAUUUACAAGGAGCCGGGACUUGGCGUGUGGAAGUUCAAUGCGAAACAUGAGACAUACUCAGCCAUUCUAGAUGAAACUGACCUGUUAAAAUUAAGCAACUACUCGAUUUCAACGUUCUCCCAGGACCUGAAAUACUUGUUGGUGACGACAAACAAACAAAAAAAAUACAGACACUCGAACACCGCAGAAUAUUGGGUGUAUGACCUUGACACCAAAUCAAUUAUAAGGCUCGGCAAGAAAUCUCUGGACGUCGUAGUGUGGGGCACGGGCCGCUCUCUCGCCUACGUUCGGGAAUGCAACGUGUAUUACGUGCACGAUGUGGAUACUGAUAAUGCUGUGGCCCUGACCAGGGACGGCAAGCCCGGAGAAAUAUACCACGGGGUCACUGACUGGCUUUAUGAAGAGGAAAUGUUCAACGCUGCCGAAGCCAUGUGGUUCUCACCCAAAGGUAGCUACUUAGCAGUAGCGACGUUCAAUGACACGAAUGUGGAGACAGCUACAUAUCCCUACUACGGUCAGCCGUCCGACCCAAGUAACCAGUAUCCUGAAAUAGUCCACUUCAAAUAUCCAAAGGCAGGUCGACAAAAUCCGGUGGUUGGAUUACGUGUCUUCAAACUGGACGAUCUUCGCGGUGAACCAUGGAACAUACCAGCACCAGUUGACAUUGUCGGCUUAGAUCACUACUUAGGCAGAGUUAACUGGGCAUCCGAACAAAACUUAAUAGUAUUGUGGCUGAACAGGCGACAAAACAUCAGCGUACUAGUCAACUGCGACUUGGAGAAGGAUAAAUGCAGUAUAGUAAAGGAACAUUCUGAGUCAAAUGGAUGGAUUGAUGUCAGGUCACCCUUCUUUGACAAAUCAGGGAACAAGAUGCUAGAAAUUCAGUACUUAUUUAACGGCGACCAAAGGUUUCCACAUGCCGCAAAAUUUGACUUCUUGUCUCUUACAACUGAAGACCUCAGUCCUGGAAACUCGACGGUGACUGAGAUAUUGGGAUGGAACCAAGCGACUGAUACUGUGUACUACGUGGUGUCUCCUGGGUACGUGCCCUGGCUGCGGCAGAUGUGGGCUACCUCUGGAGGAGUGGUCCGAUGUGUGUCCUGCAGGGAACCAUCUUGUCACCACGUCUCUGCGUCAUUUUCGCCAGGCGCUAGUUUCGCAAUUGUCACAUGCAGCGCUUCUUACAAUCCACCGAAAAUCUUCUUAUAUAAUAGUAGGCAAGACACUUUCAAACUGAUCAAAGAUAAUACAAGACUGAAGGAUAAAUUAAGGCAAUACAAGUUACCGAUGAUACUGUUUAACGUGGUAGCGAUGGGGGAGGCUCCCUUAGGCCAUGUGAAGCUCUUACUGCCACCGAAUAUGAAGUCAGGAGUCAAAUACCCAAUGGUGGUGAGAGUCUAUGCUGGACCUGGUACAAGCCGGGUGAAAGAUAAUUUUGAUUUAGAAUAUUACAAUACGUACUUAACGACGAACAGGAGUUAUAUAGUAGCGUCUAUUGACGUGCGAGGGUCUGGAGUGGUUGGUGUUGAGGCCAUGCAUGCCGUCAACAAUGCACUCGGCACCGUCGAGGUUGCUGACACUUUGACCACUAUCAGGAGUCUAGCGAGUGUAUACUCGUUUAUUGACCAGGAGCGUAUCGGCGUGUGGGGCUGGAGUUAUGGUGGGUUUGUGUCCACCAUGAUGCUGAUCCAGGAUGACCAGCGUACACUCAGUUGUGGGGCUGCCGUCGCACCUGUGACGUCAUGGCUGUAUUAUGAUACAAUGUACACGGAGCGUUACAUGGACACUCCUCAAGCGAAUCCGGAUGGGUACGCGCGCUCUGACGUCAUCCGUCAGGCGGAGAAGCUGCGCGGGCGCAAGUACCUGCUGGUGCACGGCACGGACGACGACAACGUGCACUACCAGCACAGCAUGCUGCUCGCGAAGCAGCUGCAGCAUAGUGAUAUCGACUUCGAACAAAUGAGCUACGCCGACGAGAAACACUCGCUUCUUGGAGUCAGUCGACACUUCUACCACAUGCUGGAUCGCUUCUGGACAAAAUGCUUCGACUGCGAGUAAUGAGGGGAGGAACUCCUGGAUGCUAUCGUUUCUACCGUGUGACAACAAGUGUAAGGGAGUCAAGGGACUAUGCGUUGUCAAGAUGUGAUCUCUAAACUGAACGAAACAGAAUAUUUCCUUUGUAUAGUGAAGUGUUAUUAAUGUAAGCAUUAUAGGUUAUUGUUAUUUAUAAAGAUACGCUUAGUAAUUAUA